ACUUUACAGUGAGGAAUACGCAUAUGAUUAAAUAGAGGAACCAGUAUGAAAUUGCGCUAAAACGGUUAAAUACCCGGGAAAUUUCGUGCCAUGUUCCAAGUUAAGAAGUCUACGCCAUGGCCGCUGCUCCUUCCUUUCGACCCGAAGACGAAGACCCCCACUUUACCCUUGGAAGAUACUUCACUUGCUUAUUAGGCUUCACGCCCACCAAACCGAAAUACCCAAUUGAGGUUUACAUGAUCUGGAAAGACCCCUUUCACUAGCUGCAUCGAAAUCAAAUCAUUCUUCUUCCUUCCCAAAUCCCAGAUGGAUGUGGUUGCAGGUGCGGCUCUGGGAACCGCCUUCAAUGAGCUCUACACAGUAGUCGUGGAGGUGGGUAAAGGCGCCAUCCGAUUCAAACCCACGCUCAAACGCCUUGAAUCCACCCUCAGACGCAUAGGCCCGACGAUCAAGGAGAUAUCGGAGUACAAUCGGCUUCUGGACCGCCCAGAGGAGGAAACGGCGCCUCUAAUUUCGCUAAUGAAGGAAGGUGAGACCCUUGUGCGCAAGUGCGCCAAAGUCCGGUGGUGGCACUGCUGCAAGAAGCCGCCCAACACCCGGAGGCUGCGCGAAUUAGAAGAUCGUCUUGAAGAGAUUAUUCAGGUGGAUUUUAUGGUCUUUCAGUGCAGAGACAACAAGGAGAUUUUGCACAGCGUAAAGGAAUUGGACAGGAAAGUGAGUGGCUCCAAUUCUCAGAGCUCGUUUUCUACGGCGGCCGGUGGGAUUCCAGAGCCGCCGGCGUUUACGGUUGGGUUGGAUGUUCCUCGUGAGGAAUUGAAGCUGAAACUGCUUAAAGAAGAUAUGCAAAUUAUUGUGCUGUCGGCUCCUGGGGGAUGUGGGAAGACCACUCUGGCUAAAAUGCUAUGCGGAGACAAAGACGUUAAAGAAAAAUUCAAAGACAACAUCUUCUUUGUCACCGUCUCAAAUACACCCAAUGUGAAGGUCAUUGUACAAAAAAUUUAUCAACAUAAAGGCUAUCCAGUGCCAUAUUUUCAAAAUGAUGAAGAUGCAAUCAACCAAAUGGAACAACUUUUCAAGGCAAUAAGAGCAGUUCCUGUACUAGUAGUUUUGGAUGAUGUUUGGUCUGGAUCAGAAGACCUUCUUCAGAAGUUUGAGUCUAGAAUUCCUGAACACAAGAUUUUGGUUACAUCAAGAUUUUCAUUUCCUAGAUUUAAUUCUACAUAUAAGUUGAAAUUGUUGAAUGAUCAAGAUGCUAUGACUCUUUUCACUUCCACAGCGUUACAGCAUGUUGGGAAUUCUUACACUCCCGAUGAUGAGCUUGUGAACAAGAUGGUGAAGGGCUGCAGGGGAUUCCCGCUAGCCAUUAAGGUGAUUGGUAGUGCACUUUGUGGACAACCUGAGGAGAUCUGGAAAACCAGAAUGAUGGAAUUGUCUGAUGGUCAAUCCAUUUUUGAAUCUGACAGUAAUCUACUUGAUUGUCUCCAAAUCAGCUUGGAUGUUUUGGACAGAAGAACUAUACUAAGAGAGUGCUUCCUUGACUUGGGUUCAUUUCCUGAAGAUCAAAGAAUCCAUGUCCCCGCCCUUAUUGAUAUGUGGACUGAAUUGUAUGAACUAGAUGAUGAUGGGGUGCAGACUGUUGCAAACAUCCAUAAACUCUCUGCCCGGAAUCUGGCUAAUCUUGUAGUCACAGGUGAGGCCGAUGGCUGCUACAAUGAGUACUAUGUGACACAGCACGAUCUUCUAAGAGAGCUGGCAAUUCAUCUGAGCAGCCAGGAGCCAAUAGAGCUGAGGAAAAGAUUAAUUAUGGACCUAAGCGGAAACAAUCUUCCUAAGUGGUGGAAGGAGCAAAAACAGCAACCCAUCAGUGCUCGUCUCUUGUCCAUCUCUACAGAUGAAACAUUCUCAGGCUGGUAUGACCUGCAACUACCCGAAGUUGAGGUUCUAGUCCUGAAUUUCUGUACAAAGAGUUACACAUUGCCCGACUUCAUGUUGAAAAUAGGCAAACUGAAGGUUCUGGUCAUAACAAAUUAUGGCUUCUGGCCUGCCAAACUAAUUAAGUUUCCACUUCUUUGUUCUUUAUCAAACCUAAAGAGUAUCAGAUUGGAGCAUGUCUUAAUUCCUUCCCUGAGGGAAACCACUGUACAGCUGAUGAACUUGAAAAAAGUAUCCUUGGUGAUGUGUGAGAUUGGUGAGGCUUUUGAGAACUAUGGCAUCCAGAUCCAUGACAUGUUCCCAAAUCUUGUGGAAAUCAACAUUGACUACUGCAAGGAUCUAGUGAAGUUGCCUGCGCAGCUUUGUGAUAUUUUUCACCUAAAGAAGCUUAGUAUCACCAAUUGUCACAUGUUGUCUGAACUCCCUGAAGAAUUUGGGAAACUUGCCAAUUUGGAAAUGCUCAGAUUGCGUGCUUGCGCAGGAUUGUUGGAGCUGCCGGGCUCAAUUGGCAACCUCCACAAGCUGAGCUUUCUUGAUUUGUCUGAGUGUUUUAGCAUCGGGACUGUGCCAGAGGAGAUGGGGGAGUUGUGUAACUUGAGAAUGCUGCACAUGAGAGGGUGCUCAAGUUUGUGUGAAUUGCCACCCUCGUUUGAGAAGCUUGUCAGCCUAAAGGGCGUGAUUUGCGAUGAGGAGACAGCUAGUCUUUGGGAUUCAAUCCAUAUCCCUGGCCUACAGAUAACAGUGAGUAAAGAAAAUGUCAACUUGAAUUUUCUGCACAAUCCUCAGUUUUAGUAGCGUUUAUAAUGGAAAAUCUUGAAGAUUCAUUUGGAUGAAGAAUUUUAUUUUAAGAAAUGAGAAAAAAAAAAUGAAAAAAAUUUAUUUUUGGUUA